AUGAUAUAUAACCAUAAUGAUCUAUUUUUAAUAAUAUUUAAUAAUAUUUAUUUAAAAAAAAAAAUAUUAUAUUUUUUAAAAUUGUAUAAUAUUUUUUAUGCAACAAGAAGAUUUUUAUGUUUAAAGAGUCUAAAAGAUCAUCAAUAUAAAGAGUAUUUAAAUCAAGUGGAUUUAGAUUUUAAAAAUAGUAAUUUUAUAACAAGGGAUCAUGAUAAUGAUAAUGAUAAUAAUAAUAAUGAUUUAGAUAUAAUCAAACUAAAGCAGUUACCCCCAAAUAUAGAAUCAGUAAAGAUAUUAUCAUUUAAAGAGAUAGAAUCAGUAAUACCAGAUUCAAUAAAGAUAUUAGAACUACCAUUUAAUAAUAAAAUUUUAAAAGCAAUUAAAUGUGCAAGUAAUUUACAUACAUUAAGGUUUACAAAUAGUCUAGAGGAUGUAUCUAAUGAAGAUCUAAAGGAUUGUUUGGGAUCAAUGGACACAUUAAAGGAGCUAAAGCUUAUGAAAUCGAGUGGUCUGGUAAUUUCGAAAGAAAUGUUACCCAAAAAUCUAAAGAAACUUUUUAUUACAGAUGAUGGAAAUACCAGUUUAUUGGCAUCUCCAGAUUCUUCAUUACCAGAAUCCCUAUUAGAGCUUUUUUACAGCUGUUAUUACCCAUCAAAGUUUAAAAUCAACUCUAAUGUUUUGCCAAAUGGUCUGCUAAAAUUAAACAUUCAAAGUAUAUAUAGUUUAAAUGUGCCUAAUGAUAUCAAAUUUCCCGAAUCGUUAACCAGUCUUUCAAUUAAAGUUAAAGAGUUAUCAUUUCGACUACCAUCAACUUUAAAACAUCUUCAUAUUUCAAUUGAAUGUGGUGUCGAAACUAUGAAAAACACCAACGAAGCACCCAUACUGCCACAGCAAUUAGAUUCAUUGGAAAUUCAGUGUAAUAGUAUAAUAGAUUCAGACGGUUGCUCAAUUCUUCCCAAUAGUUUAAAGACAUUAACCUUCUUAAAUAUUGACACAUGCGUAUAUGGUGGAUUUAAUAAAAGACUACUACCAGGCCAUUUACCUCCAGCAUUAACUUCAUUAACAUUUCCAAAUGGGUCAUUUCAGAACGAUGGUCACCAUUUAGGGGAGAAUAUACUUCCAGAAACUUUAUCUUAUAUCGAUUUUGGCUCUUUUAAUAAUACAAUAGGUGAAAACACACUCUCUCGCUCUGGGUGUUUGAAAACCGUUUUGUUUGGGUUCAUCUUCAACAAGAAAUUAUCAGAAACAUCAAUACCUCCAUCAGUGGAACUAUUGGAAAUAAGGAAUGAUAAAUAUGAACAUUUAUUAAAAUUAAAAAAUGAAAACACCUUUGUCAAGUGUUACAAUAUCAACAAAGUAAUAGAAUCAUAUGAAUCGAAUCUUGACCAAAUUCGCCAGCUAUACAUCCCAACCUCAUUCAAAAAGGACCUUUCAUCACUACCAUUAGAGAAACUGAAGCAUUUGGAUUACUUGGAGUACAAUAAAAUUCAUAAAACAGAUUAUAAUUUCAACGACUUACUAAUCUCAAAUCAAAUCAAGACGCUAGUUUUAAAUUUUGGGUACAACCAAAUAAUAAAUUUAGAACAUUUUCAAAAUUUAGAAACCAUAACAAUUAACUUUGGUUUACCUAAAAUAACAACUUCUAUAAAUAAUAACAAAGAAUACAACUUUUAUAAAUUAAAAACAAUUAACUGUGAAUUGGGUGACACCAAAUUUAUUGAUUCUUGCGACCCAAUAUUUUUCCAAUUUAUUAAAUUAAUAAAUAAACUAUAAAGACGAUUUUAAUAU